GGCGGCCGCCGGGAGGGGGCCGGGGCCGGGGCCUGGGCCCGGCGGCGCAGAGCGCUGCUGGGAGCCUGGUUUGGCGGCUUGAGAAGGAGAAAAUAAAAAGAAGAAAAAGGGAAAACUGGAAAGAGAAAAACUGCAUAUAUUUGACAAAUAAACAAAAGAAAAGAAUAAAAGCAGAAGGGCGAAGGGGCGUGGAAGAAGAACGGGCAGGCUGUGCACCCCCGAAGCCCGGCGAGGAGGAAGGAUGCUAAAGGCGGUGGCCGUGGCGUUGGUGGCCCUUUGCUUCCAGGCUGCUGUCUCGCAAACUACAAAUCUGAACCUUCCUCCUGAAGAUCUUGAUUCAUCUGGUGAUGACGAUGAUGCUUUUUCAGGCUCAGGUGCAGGUCCCCUGACAGACCGGUCACCCACUUGGAAUAUCCCAUCAGAACCAACUAAUUCCUCGUUACUGGCAAUACCAAUGGAUUUCAAUGAACAGCUCUUUCCUGGGACUGAGAGCCGAACUGAAAAGGAAGUAGUAUCUCCAUCUGCAACCAGUAGUGUAGUGACAGAGGAGCCAGUUGUAGCUGUGAAGGAUGAAGUAUCCAACCUGGACUCACCUGCUGAGAAACCAAUAAAUGACACUGUUAUAACAACAAUGAGAAGUCUCACUACUCAUUUUCCUUUGGUAGUUCAUGUAACUCCUUCAGAAGCCUCAAGCACAGUCCAUGGCGUGGAACCUAAUACCCCUCUCUCUGAUGUGCUGGACACUAAAGAUGUGCUUGAACCCCACUCCCCCAUCCAUCAUGAGGGAGACUUUACUGCAGCCCCCACAACGAUGGCUCCUGACGAUGCAGUUCUUGUACAUGGGGAGGUUUCUGAAGAUGGCUCUGGAGAUCCGGGAGAUUUCAUCUUGAUUAAAGAUGAGGAUUUGGUCCCCACCCAGAACUCUGAAGUGCCAGCUGACUCUGAGAGGAAUGCCAAAGCAGCAGGAGCUUCAGGAAUAAUGGACAAAAAAGAAGUUCUUGGAGGUGUUAUUGCUGGAGGAGUAGUAGGUCUGGUGUUCGCAGUCUUUCUAGUUGUAUUUAUGCUGUACAGAAUGAAGAAGAAAGACGAAGGAAGCUAUUCACUGGAUGAACCAAAACAGUCAAAUGGAGGAUACCAAAAACCACAUAAACAAGAAGAAUUCUAUGCAUAAACACAGAUCUUUAGGACACUUCUAACUCCAUCUUUCUUGGACUCUUCUCUCCCUGCACGUGGACCUCUCUGUGCGCUUUGCAUUAAACUUAAGCCAUAUGAUCAUUGGGUAUUACCCUUAACCACCUUGCCAUUGGAAAUUUUUUAACUACAAAGUAGAUCUGGAUACACUGAACAUUCCCUGCUUUCUUGCACAACUUUUUGUUUUCAUUUGAUUUUUUUUUUAAACAGAAGUGGGACUGCAAGCUCCUCAACUUGCAUUGGUUUAUCUAAAGACUGGUGGGGCAGGCGGUGGGAAGAAGAUAAGGGAGCACUGUAUGUAUAAAUUUCUUGAUACUUAGGGAAAGGGCUGCCAAGAAUAAAUCAUUAACAGUGCUCAAAUUCCAUAUAGCAGGGAUCCUUCUUAUUUAACUCAUAGAUGUGUUCGUAAGUGUAACAAAUCUCUGCUCUAGGCAGAAGUUUGGUACAUUGCAAUUCUCUAGCUCUUUCUAGCUGCCAUAUUUGGAGCACUUAAUGGUUAUAAACGUCAAGACAAACAGGACUUCCAGUGAAAGGAAGUAUCGAGGGGCAGGGUAAGCAAAUGACUGUCACGUGGUUUAAAAUAACUUAUAUUUUGGAAGAUCACAUUAUAUUGUUCCGUACUCAGAACUAGCUCCUAAACAGCUGAUUCAUUUUUUUUGUUUUGUAUUAGUAUUUGCAAGAUUCCAAAACUAAGUGGAGAAUGCAUUUUACCAAUAGCAUUGGACUAUCCUUGUCCCCUGUUGCUCCUUCUGAGCUUAAAUAAGAAAGGGAUAUUUUUUUCUAAACAGUCCCAUCCCAAACCUUCCCUCUUCUUAGAUGCCAAAUCUAGGCUUGGCUGUUGUGUUAUAUAUUCUAUUAUGCCGUGCUACUGUGCAGUCACCAGCUAACUAAUGACUUGUUCUAGCACCUACCUCUCUGUGCACUGUUUACAGUGGUUGCCUCAGAACGUGGUCUGUCAUCUGUACUACACGAUACCUUGGCGUACAGGGGUAAAAGGUAGAAAACAGCAUAUCAUGACUUCGCAGCUAAGGAGUAGGGAGACGUAGCAUCUGAGACAAGUUUGAUGAAGGCUGAGCGUAGAUGGCCUUAAAUACAUACAGCAGUUGGCACGCUUGACUUCCGUGUCUCUAGAAUGCCCUCUUCAGUUGUUCCUGCACUUAGGAGACAAGCAGCUCUAGGGAUGUCAGACUAGAAGAGGUUGAGAAGCACCUCCAGAGGAAAGUCUGGCUGCCUGAAGCUGUUCAUGGUCAAUGUAUUCUCAGAUGCAAGGCACUGAGGCCUCACUGAGGGUCUGCAGUUCUCCAGAGUGUCUCAAAAUUGGUUAGAAGAAAAGUGUGUUCUGCACAGGCCUUACGUCUGCUCUGCCUUCAGUUAACUUCUUGCAAGUUCAGUUCCUUAUCACCUGGAGCAGAAGGCUUGGGGGGCUGGAGGAGUUUUUACAACUGAUAGAAAUAUUUGUAUUCUUGAGCCAGAGGGAAUGAUUGGAGAAUAUUGCAACAGUUGAUACAAAUGUUGCACAUUAACAGUGGAAUUUAAAUAUUUGAGUAAUUUAAAUGAAGUAUAAAAAUGUUCUUGUGCUGCUACGCAGCUAAAAUUGGUGCCUUCUCUACAAACCCAAGAAAAAAACACUUUUUUGAUUCAAAAAAUUUUUUAUGCUCAAGGAAAACUUGUGCAUAUAUGUAGCUGGCUAUUUGUAAGUAAAACUAUGAAGUCCAUUAUUUCUUUCUUUUUUUUAACUGAAUGAAUUUUUGUAGGUUAAUGCAACAACCAGAUGGUGUUAAUUUCAGCUGUAAUUCUUUGCUUUGUAUAGGAAUGUAGAAAUGUUGUUUGAUAGGACUAUCUAUGAAAAAAAUCUUGUAAAGCACAGAAAGAUAAAGUGGUAAACUUCAGUUGUACCUCACAACCUUGGUAGGGGGAAAGAAAAAAAAACUGUAUAUUUUGGUGGUCUAAACUGACAGUUUGUGAAACAAACAUGACAUUCUGUGUUAUUUAAGUGCUACAAAUGAAAUACGAGUCUAACAGAAUUUGCAACAUUUGGUUAUCUGUAUGCCCUGUAAAGGUACUGCAAUAAAUGGCAUUUUGGCGAGAA